GGGCGCAAUUACGAUCUCACAGCACAGCUGAAGGGACUGAGUCACCUCCAGGUGGUAUGCAGUAGAGAGACAGCACGCCAGGGUAAUGUUGACUCUGAGGUCCCAGCUCUGGUGGGAGACGUGAGAGGGAUUCUUCACCUGGGCUGUGGGCUGGUCACCCAUGAUGAUGAGCGCUGUUUAAAUGUCCACCCAUACAUCUCUCCCCGCCCUUGACUGUUGGACCAAACCUGGGUUUAAGAAGACUGCUUCUCUGCAGAUUUCCCAAGGAAGAUACAUAUAGAGAGGUGGCCUAUUUUAACCCUAAUAUGGGAAAACUCACUUACUUUAGGCUCACUUACUCUCUCCCCUACCUCUCCCACUUUUUUCUGAAGGUGGGUGCAGUGAACUUUAUUGAUGGUAUUGAAAGAGUAGGGCUCCCUGGGCCCCUCCUGUUAUUCUGGGGGUCUGGGAUGGUAACUGUGAGGGAGAUGCUCAGUGUUGAGGGAUGAGUUGGGAUUGGGAUUCCUCAGUGCCCUACAGCCUUUCUCUUGUUCUCAUGUCCUCGCUGGGGUGGGUGGUCCAGGGAUUCUUACUCCUUGGAGGCCACGUAGGCCGUGAGGUCCACCACUCUGCUGCUGUAGCCGUAUUCAUUGUCAUACCAGGAAAUGAGCUUUACAAAGGUGUCAUUGAGAGCAAUGCCAGUCCCAGCAUCGAAGGUGGAAGAGUGGGAGCUGCUGUUGAAGUUGCAGGAGACAACCUGAUCCUCAGUGUAACUCAAGAUGCCCUUUAGUGGGCCCUCAGAUGUCUGCUUCGCUAUCUUCUUGAUGUCUUCAUACUUGGCAGCCUUCUUCAGGUGACAGAUCCAUUCCAUGACAGAUAUACUGAGGGUAGGAACAUGGAAGACCAUGUCAAAUGAGCUUCCCAUUCACCUCUGGGAUGACCUUGCCCAUAGCCUUGGCAGCACCAGUGGAUACAUGGAUGAUGUUCUGGGCUACUCCAUGGCCAUCACACCACAGUUUUCCAGAGGGGUCGUCCACAGUCUUCUGAGUGGCAGUGAUGGCAUGGACUAUGAUCUUGGGCCCUUCCAUGAUGGCAAAGUUGUCAUGGAUGACCUCGGCCAGGGGGGCAGUUGGUGGUACAGGGAGCACUGUGACAGUCUUGAGUGAGUUGUCAUACAUUUCGUGGUUCACAUCCAUCGCAAGCACUGGGGCAUCAUGGGCAGAAUGGGCAGAGAUGCUAACCUUUUUGGCCCCACCCUUCAAGUGGCUCCAAGAUAGUGAAGAUACUGGUAGACUCCAUGCAUACUCGGCACCAGCACCACCCCAUUUGAUGUUAGCAGGAUGUCACUCCUGGAAGAUGGGUUUGGCCUUCCCAAUGACGGCAUUCUCAGCCUUGACUGUGCUGUUGAACUUGCCAUGGGUAGAGCCACACUGGAGCAUGUAGACCAGGUAGGCCAUGUAGUUGAGGUCAGUGAUGCAGUCAGAUUCACUUUGCCAGGUAAGAAGGCAGCCCUUCUAAUCAGUUGCCUGAUAUGGCCAAAUCCUUUCACCCCGACCUUUACCAUGUGUCUAAGGGCCAAGGCUGGCACUGCACAAGAAGACGUGGCUGUCUCUGAAACAGGAAGGAGCAGAGAGCCUCUUUCCCACUUCUGUUCUCUCUUCACUCUUCAGGAGGGGGAUUUUUUUUUCCUGAUCCCUUGACCUCUGAGGUUAAUAUUUUCCCUGUCUCAGCCUGCACCUGGGGGUUCACAAUUUCAGAACAAUCCCGUUUCCAAGGUGGAACUUGAGGUGUAACAGUGGGCUUGAACACUUCCCAAUAGCCUGGCCCGCAUGACCACCCUUCCAUUCUGCCUCCUGUAAGAGUGCCUCCCCCUCAGGGUAGUUUGAGAUGCGGGCUGGCUCAGCGUGAACCUUUCAGAUGAAUUUUCACUUCUUUGGAAAAAUAAAGUGGGCACAAAAGAGAGACAGAUCUCUUGGGUUGCAUCCAAAUGAGAGGAAUUUGGAGAGUCGGCUUUGGCAGAAUCGCUCCUGGCUGGGUGCUGGGGAAACACAGCAAAGCAAAUAUGGUGUCUUCCCCCAUUCAUCCCACGUACCUGAUGUAGGCCUCCCACGGCCCGACAGUAUCAGGCUUCAAGCAGAUGAGGUUGGUGGUGGAAGUGGAGGCUAUGCCAGGAGGCUCUUAAGAUAGUGUUGCUUUAUGGGCUUCCAACCUCUGAGAUUUGGGGAUCAUAAUGAGUCUCAGCACAGUCUCCUCUCUUAUGGGGCAUCUACACUCACGAGUUCACUCUCAGAAAGUUUCCUUCCCUCUGAUUCUGCUCCUGCUCCUGUAAGUUGGCAUUAAUUCAACUGUUCAGCAGACAGAAAGGAGGUCAGUCACGCAGUUGGAGCAUGCCAAGGACCCCAAGGUUAAAAUACCCCACACAGGUAAGCUCCUCACAGCCUCACGAAGGUGUUACUGAGGCCCCCUGAAGAGACAUUCCCAACAGGGCCAGAUGCCAGCUUUGCCCCUGAUUCAGGGCAUUGUCUUGGAGAGGCAGCACUGCAUGUUUGGGCCAUGUCUCCUUAAAACUGAAGGGAAGCCCUAGUGAACUUUCUAGCUUCACUGUUUUGAUUGACUUUUUUCUUUUUAAAUCACUACUUUUGGAGGUCACAGAGCCAAGCAAUGCAUUCCCAGUCUCCCACUGGCUUUGCUGAUGCCCCUGAGUGUGAGUCUUGUCAGUACUGGUUGUCUAAGUUACUUCUCAGGGACUCUAAGACUGCUUUUGUCAAAGCUACAGGCUCACUACUAAAGCCCACAUAGGUACCCAGUGACUGAUCUCUUGGUGUCAGAGGGCCAAACCCACCCACUAUUUCUUAAGCCUUCCUCCCAUAAGGGGCCACGAGGCUGGAUCACACACAGGCAGAUCAUGGCUCAUUUCACCCAGUCACCUCUCCCUGCACCUCAGGCCACUCCUCCCCAUAACCACCGUGUGAACAUACUCUCCAUUACAAAACUCACAGUUUCAGUGGUUAUCCUAUUCUGCAGCAGGAGAAACAGGGCUGGCUCAGUAACCACCCCUCUGCUGAAGCAGCUUCCACCAUAGCAGCCAGCUCCCAGGCACCCUGACCUGUCCCCUCUCACACCCCUACCCUCUCACCUUCCUCGUGGUUCCGCCCUUCUUGCCUGCUCCACUGUCUCUGAGCACUUCACACCAGGACUUGGCAAAGGUGGGAGGACGGAGAGAGGUGGAGAACGGAAGGAAAAGGAGGUGGGGGCUGGGCCAGGAAGCCAGUGUAUCAAUUUGAUAUUUGAUAAUCCAAUCAGGGGUACUUCUAGUGCCCACCUCCCCACCCCCACCUCCAAAUUAAAGGCUAUAGAUUCUCCUAGAAGCUCCACACACUCUCCUAGUUUGGUGGGCACCAAGACUGUCACUGGAGAGUAAGUGAUGGAGGCUCACAAAGAUGGCAGGAGGCCACCCUCCAUCGAGGGCUGUCCUGUGAGAAGUCCUUCCUCAUACUAAGUGUGACCCUUUUUCCUGUGCUCACUAGGAGCUUCUACUUGCUUUUUAUUGCUUCACAGAGCACUAACAUCCAUCCGUCCUCUCUGCAGCUGUCCCUGAUGUGUUGGAAAGCAUCAAUACUUCCCCUUCUUCCUGGCCCUGGAACCCAGUCUCCAACAUUCCCUCCCCUAGCUCUACUAUUCCUCAAGACUUCAGCCAUUACCCACCCCACCCCAGUCUUACAUUAACACAUGCCCACGAAGCGUUAUCUGCUAUUGUCAAGGUCACUGUGACCUCUAAGUGGUCAUAUCAGUGCCACCUUCCCUUCUUCCUUGACCCCACUGGCACUGGGUGGAGCUGUCCCUUGUGUCCUGAAAAGGCCCUUGGUCCCUGGGCUCCACAUCCUGGUUUGUCCUCGUUCCUGCAUACCGUUCUUCUCAGUCUAACCUCAGGCCUGUCUUUCCCCCUCCCCACCUCUAAGAGCUCAUGGGGUGUCUCUGUCCAUCGACUCUGGAUCGUGUGUUUUGUCCUGUGCAUCCCAUUUGUACCUGACUCUUACCUGCUGCCUCUCACCCUCUGAUGGCUGAGGGUCACAGAGAACACUCCUUGGCCAUUCUCCUUACCAUUCAUACCCAAGUCAUUGGGUGGCUCCAUCACACCACUCCGUAGACUUUGUUCAUCCAAAUACUGAAUCUUAGCACUCCCCUCAGGGUCCAUCUCUGCACUACUGCUCAGGUUUCUCUCCCCUACCCCUUGCUUUCAACCUCUUGGUGCCAUGCGCCAUCUCCUUACACUGCUGAGUUUCUUCUCCUCUCGGAACCCCCUUCUCAGCCAGUGUGAACUUUUAAAUCAAAUUAUGUUGUCCCCUGCCUAAAUGCUUUUCAAACUCCUGACCCAUGACCCAGCCCUUCUGAUGCUACCACCCUGUUCCAGUCAUCCUGGCUGCCGUCAUACCGCAGCUGGCUAGCUCUUGCUGUAUAAACUGGUCGCACAUCUGCCCAGGGCUGCAUCCCUCCCUCUGCUCACUGUCUGGAGACACCUUCACUAACCUGGUCGUCUCAGAGUCCCUCUAGUUUCCUACCUGCAUUGCUUCUGCAGCACUCAUUCUGCUAUGUUGAGAAGCACCUCGAGGGAGGAGCCUUGGCCUGGCUAGUUGAUCACUACUAAGGUAGAAAUAGCCUGACACGCAAGGGAGGCUCAACAAGCAUUCAGUGAGGAAGAGAUAAGCCUUCCUGACCCCUGAGGGGUACAGGCAGGCCACGAGGAAUCAUGUUUAAGUCAUUUCUAGGGGAGGUGGAGAUGUGCCCAGUGGGUGUUGGCACAGAGAGGGGAGGGCAGGAAGGUGGCCUGGAGAUGCUGACCAGGUAGAUCUCUGAAUGAAGUAAGUAGGAAAACAUCUCAGAGCCAGAGUCAGACACCAGGGAAACAGGCAGAGCGAAUUACAGCCUGUGCUGGGGCGGAGACCAGGGCCACUACCGAGGCAAAGAUCUGGAGGGAUAAAGGAGAAGGAGAUGACUUGGGUGCAGCUCUGGGCUUAGCACAAGGAGAUGGUGACCAAAGCCCAGUAGGGUCAGUGAGACCUCCAACCAGGGGCCAUGUUAAGCAGUCAGAGCUAAGCUGGACCUCAGGAAUGCUGUCAGGGUCCCCUGGACUGGCUUAGAAGAGGUUACCUUACAGGGACUGUGCUGGCCGCCAGGUCAAGGGCUGCAGCUGGGGAAGGGAUUAUGGGAUGGAGUCUCUGAAUUUGUUAUUGCUCCUUACCUACCCAGACCCCAACCAAGGGGAGCGGUGACAGUGCAGACUUUGCAAAGUGGUGUGGUAGAACAGACUGACCAUGGGGAUAUCCAGAACUAAUUCCAGAACAGCAAAAUGUAAGCUUUUAUUUAUUUAGUUUAUUCGUUUAUUAUUUUUGCAGUGUUAGGGUUUAAAUGUAGGACUUUGCCCAUGCUAAGCAACUACUCAACCAUCCACCUACACUCACAGCCUGCUUUUACCUUAAUUAAAAAAAAAAUAACAUUCAAGAUAGAUCCUUCCUAAGCGUCCCCAGCUGGCCUUGAAGUGACUCUAGCCCAUGUAGGCCUUGAACUUGUGGUCCUCCUGCUUCAGCCUCCCCCAGAGCUGGGUUUAUAAGUCUGUGCCACCAGGUCCAUGUCACUAAGCCUGCUGCCUGUUAAUAUUUAGACCUUUUAGCUCUGGUGACUCCUGGCAUAGGGAAACCACACCUCAGAGAGAACAGGUUAAGUCAAAGAUUGCUGAGCAGACAUGGAGGGCCCCCGGCAAUGCCUCCUCCCAGCAGUCACAGCCUUUGGCGGCUGGUGGUAGGGAGCCCUGAGUCCCUCUGCACCUAUCCGGGGGCACUUACAGCCCUGGUACUUGUCAGUCUGCAGCUCUCCGACUGCUUUCUGCUGAUGGGGCGUGUGCUCGCUCCAGACAGCAGCUGUUCUUGUGCUGGAAAUAGCACGGAUCUCGCUGAAGGGCUGUCGCCUUUGGGAGAGAAGGGGGCUGCUUAUUGACAAAGCCCCCAGGGAGCCGUCGCUGUCAGAGUUGGCGAGGGGCGACUGCUGAAGUGAUGGAGACCCUGGGGUUCUGGGCGCUUGGAAGCCUGAGCUUUCCUCUCUGUCGUACUUCGAAUUUUACAAGGAACCUUUAGAAUUUAACUCCACGAGAUGCCUGGAGCUGAGGCAGGAGAUCCUGGAGGUGAAGGUGCUGUCCAUGUUUGAACAGUUUGUUCUUCUUCUGGAACGUCUGUGAUGCUGUGAGAGAGAGAGGAGAGAUGAUCUGGGUCAACCCUUCAUCUUUAAGGUGGAGGUGCUCCGCACCUGUAUGGACAGUGGGUUUUUUUACACACGUGACUCCGUUUGCCCUCUCCAACAACCUCUGAGGGUGAAGCAGUCUGAACUGUUCGAAAGGUGGAAGAGCCUCCAGAUAUGCAAAUGGGCGAUGGACGCCUCGGAAGCCAGCCUCUUCAACAGGUCCACCUUGUCCAGGUGUUGCAAUGCCCCCAACUUUCUCUUCACCACCCAGAAGAACACCCCGGUUGAGACGAAUCUCAGGUAUGAGGUGGAGUCCAGUGGCUUGUAUCACAUCGACCAAGAGAUCUUCAAAAUGUUUCCCAAGGAAAUGCCCUACUACCGCUCUCAGUUUAAGAAGUGUGCUGUGGUGGGCAAUGGCGGCAUCUUGAAGAACAGCGGCUGCGGGAAGGAGAUCAACAGCGCUGACUUCGUCUUCCGGUGCAAUCUGCCCCCUAUCUCAGGGAUAUAUACCACAGAUGUGGGAGAGAAGACAGAUGUGGUCACCGUGAAUCCCAGCAUCAUAAUUGACAGGUUCCACAAGUUGGAGAAGUGGCGGCGGCCCUUCUUCAGCGUGCUGCAGAGGUACGAGAACGCCUCGGUGCUGCUGCCGGCCUUCUACAAUGUGCGCAACACCCUCGUGUCCUUCCGAGUCAAGUACAUGCUGGACGACUUCCAGUCGCGGCAGCCCGUCUACUUCUUCCAUCCUCAGUACCUGAGCAGCGUGUCGCGCUACUGGCUCAGCCUGGGCGUGCGCGCACGGCGCAUCAGCACCGGCCUCAUCCUGGUCACUGCGGCCCUGGAGCUCUGCGAGGAGGUGCACCUGUUCGGUUUCUGGGCCUUCCCCAUGAACCCCUCCGGCUUCUUCAUCACGCACCACUACUAUGACAAUGUCAAGCCCAAGCCCGGCUUUCAUGCUAUGCCCUCGGAGAUCUUCACCUUCCUGCGCAUGCACAGCCGCGGCAUCCUCCGCGUGCACACAGGCACCUGCAAUUGCUGCUGAAAAACAGGCCCACCACGGGUGUUUCAGCUCCUGUCCUCCUCCCCGAAGGAUCCCCUGUCCCUGCCAUUAUGGCUGUUGUCACUCCCUAAGGAUUUAGGGUUUGUGUUUGGGUCCUGGGGAGGGAGGCAGGGAGACAUUCAUUUAACAGGAUAGAGCACAGAUCCAGGUCUCAUUCAGACCUUUGGCUGCCCGAGUUUCAUACGGGGAACUCAGCCAUAAAGCACCAUCUUGAAACUCACGGCCUGGGUGCCAGCCCUUCCAGGGAACAAACAGUAUGAGUGUCCUAGUCACACCACCUGGCUGAGCUCAAAAGACUUCAGGGAUAUCUAAUCAAAACCCGUGUUAGCAUAUCCCCACGAGUCCAGGAGCUGAGAGCCAUGCCCUUUAAAACAGCUCUUGGACACACACAGCCUUGGUGCCUCUAGGUUCCAGCCUGCAUUUAACCUUUGACAAGAAGGAAAUAAACCAGACCAGCCAUUUGCACUAAGAUCUUCAA